CAAUGGGGUAAACGACCAGUCAGUUAGAAUAGAAACGCAGUGAACUUUUGUCUUAUUUGCCGUCUUUUUUCCGUCGGAAUGGCUAAAAGUUGCUGUGUUGUGGGUUGUCACACAAGGAAGAGUUCGGAGCUGCAUUUGAAGUUCUUUAUCUUCCACGUGAGCGCAAUUAAUCGAGGAACAGUAAAAGAAGACUGUUCCGUGGACUAUUUUCGCCUGUGGGAACCUAAAUCCAAGCACAUUUACGUUUGCAGCCGACAUUUUAUUACUGCUUCACCUGUUGAAGGCCUGCUCUUCACUUACUAUCACUCUGACUCCUCCAUCACCCGUCAACAUGACAACCUCAGCCCUGCGUAGGCAGGUGAAGAACAUAGUGCACAACUAUUCCGAAGCAGAGAUUAAGGUUCGCGAGGCCACGUCAAAUGAUCCAUGGGGGCCGUCAUCAUCUCUAAUGUCAGAAAUUGCCGAUCUGACCUUCAAUGUGGUGGCUUUUGCUGAAGUCAUGGGCAUGGUGUGGAAGCGUCUCAAUGACAGUGGCAAGAACUGGAGGCAUGUCUACAAGUCCCUGACACUAUUGGACUACCUGCUAAAGACAGGAUCGGAGAGAGUGGCUCAACAGUGUCGAGAAAACGCCUUCAAUAUUCAGACGCUUCGUGAUUUUCAAUAUGUUGACCGUGAUGGUAGAGAUCAAGGGGCCAAUGUCCGAGAAAAAGCGCGCCAACUAGUGUGUCUUCUCCGGGAUGAAGACCGUCUUCGCCAAGAAAGAAGUCAAGCUUUGAAGACCAAGGAGCGAAUGGCAGGGGGGAGUGGUGGAGGUGGAAGUAGUGGGGGCAUGUAUGGAGGAAUACCUCCAUCCUAUCACCCAGGAAGGCGAACAAGCCAGCCCAGCAUGGCUGUACUUUAUGGGGAGGACUUAACCCGCUCCAGAGGUUCCCCAUCCUCCUUUAACUCAGCCUCAUCUUCAUCUCCUCGGGGUGCCUCAGACCUGGAACAGGCUCGACCUCAAACCACCGGGGAAGAAGAGCUUCAACUCCAGCUGGCUUUAGCCAUGAGUAGAGAGGCGAAUCAGAAGGAGCAGCGCUGUCGCCAAGGAGACGAGUCGCUCCUAAAAAAGGUCCUGAAUGAGAGCAGGAGAGCCAGCCAGUCAGGGCCACCGGAGUCAACCAUGGACCUAGUAGACUUAUUUGGCACAACCUCUGAGAGGCCACCUCCACUUGAAGACCCUUGGGACUAUGCUCCAGCUUCAGUUAAUGCUACUUCUGACCCAUGGAAUUCUGUAGCCCCAUGCUCGGAUGCUCCUAAUCCUUGGGCUCCCUGUGCCAAUUCACGCAGAGAGUUGUGGGAGGCGGCGCCUGCUUACAGCCCUGCAGUCAAUCACAAUUGGGACAGAACCUCUGAGCGCGAUGGAGCAUAUCAAGUCAGUGCGCAUGGAGAGGAGAGGCUUCAGCAGGAAGUUCAUCAGCUGUGUUCUCCUCAGCCAGCUAGUCCUACAGAUUCUGAGCUUCGUAUGUCAGCAGACAUGUUCUCUGGAGCAGAUUUCACCAUAGACCCAUUCAGGAAUGAAGCACCGGUCAGACCACAAGUAAAUGGACGGGACUCUGCCAGUCCGGAAAUGUUUGAUCUAUCGCGCCUCGCACCCGCUUUAAACACUGUGACACGUUCGUGUCGGACCCCGGAGGCCUUCCUCGGACCUACGGGUGCCUCAUUGGUCAAUUUGGAUGCACUGAUAACUCCAAACCCAGCAAGCAAGUUGCAGAGCAACCCCUUCCUCUCAGGUAUAAGAGUCUAUAGAACCUACAAGAAUAGAAAACACAAUGGAAAUUGCAUUCUAACCAGCAAAUUGCCACCCAUAGGUCUGAAUGCUCCAUCUCCCACCAAUCCCUUCCACUGUGACCAGCCUCGCCUUACCCUCAACCAAAUGCGUCCAUCAUCUACAUCUCCACUCCCUCCGCACAUGCUCCCCUACAGUCCGUCACUUCCACUCCCUCUCACCCACAGGGGGGCAGCCCUUCCCUCCUCACACACCCAACCAGCCUCCAGAAUUACGGACAUUCCCUCAGACCUCCCCCAACCUCUGGUCCCGCUCUCUCCUCGGCCGAUUACUCGCAUUCAACCCCAAGCACAGACACAAAACCACAACCCAUUUCUCUGAGAUUAUAUUUGCUUUUUCUAUUUGCACACUCCUGACAACAACAUGAGCCUGAAACAGAGUGAAGAUCUUGAUUAAUGUUUUUGUGCACACAUGAAAUGACUCAAACUUGGACUGGAUGUAUUUGUGUCUGCCAAAAGACACAUCAGCUGCUAUUCUGUAUGUCACCGCACCUGAACUCUUGAAGAAAUGCAUUCACACGGAUCCGUAACAGUAUUAAUGUCGCCGAGAAGUUAAAACUUGCGAAUGCAGCCCUGCAAUAAAUACCCUCAUGAGGAUCAUCUCAUCAUCUAAGAUGUACUGUCUGUCACUGACUCAAAUUCACAUGAGCGGAUUGACGAUUACAGGCAAAUCAAGAGCACUGCUAAUUAAAGACUUAUCAGAAUCCUGAUGAAGGGAAAAUUUAUUGCUCGAGCGCUAUGUUGAACAAUACCAAAUGAACAGAAGUUAACACUGCAUUAUGUACAGUUAUGUAUGUAUUGUAACAGAGAGCACAUUUUUCAGCAAGCAUGUGUGAGUGUUCACAUCUAUACAUAAAGGGUGUAACGGUACAUGUAUUUGUGUUGAACCGUUUCGGUAUGUGGUGCACGGUUCGGAACGGAGGGGUACCGAACGAGUUUCUGACGUAAUAUAACCCUUACUUUUCGAGGGUGUGAGUCGAUCGGGUUACAGUUUCUUUGUGUAGAUUAUAUUUACUCCGUCUUCUCUACUACAAUGAGGACCAACACUGUAGGACAGUAUUAGGCUCGAGCGUAUGACGUGGCACUCGCGAUGUUUCCGCCCCUAUCGCCAUGUUGGAAGCAGGAAGUUCGGUGUCAGAACUCGGGAAACAUAAACAGUGAGGCAUUUCGACAUAGGUCGCUCUUUAAAAAUGGUUGGAAAUUAUUGUUCGGUAAAGAAUUGCAACAACCAAUCGAAUAGAAAGGAGAAUGUACAGCUCGACAGAACCCGACUGAGUUUCUUCUGGAUCCCUACGUGGAGAAAAGGCGAGGAAAACGUCAUAUCUGAACUUAACACGUUGAAGAAUGGCAUGGGAACAUUGAGCACUGUUUUCCAAAACACAGCAUUGAUUUGUCACUUAACGAUCACAGCUUAGCACAGCACAAAUUCAGAUGUUCAUGACAAUGAAAAUGUAAACACACAUUGCCUACCUUUGCAAGAACAUGGUGUUGCCGUUUGCUACGGUCAUAAUGUGCAGGUCCUGCACCCAUCCGCAGCAAAACUGUUCGUAGCUUUGUAGCGAUUUGUGGUUUCGGAAUUGCUGAUGAGUGUAGUAACUUACACUAAAUACAGCAUGAUGUCCAUUUCGCGUAGUGGUGGAAGCUUGUCGACAUCUUUAUUCCAUUUGUGUUCGGCUUGCUCGUAAGGGUCAACAUUGUUCACAUCCUUAAGUUUGCUCACAUAUCUGUCCUUCGCUGUGGUAACAAGUUUGUCUCUGUAUCGAACUGGCAAAUUUUCCUAAUUUUUUUCCAUCUUUGGCACUCUUAGUUGAAUUGUAUUUGCCGUUUUAAGUGUAAAUGUCCCGUGAUACAGACGUGCUUCCAAUAUGGCUGUUGUCGCAAAUCUCGCAUGAUCCCGUGAUGCUGUGACGUGAAAGCUCGAGCCUAAUAUAACCCAGAAACGUCAAAGGCACGACAACGUGGCCGCCAAUGUACACCAGUCGCAGUGCGGCCGCGUGUUCGACUCGUCCCAGAAGCGGCUCACGACGUACGUGAAAAGAAUGGCAGAGUUUAUUAUUUGACGCGAGACGCGACGCUCCUGCGUCAAUACUACUACUGGUAGCUAGGAUCGGGCAGACCGGAAGUCACUCGUGUAAAAAUAUGGUGGAUCCGGUCGAUUUUCAAAGUAAUAUGCAAUCGUAACCCACUUUUUGAGUCCAUCAGAUCUCUUGAGUGGUAGAUCGGGGGACAGUUGACUUGUCUUUAUUGAUUUACUGCUGUCUUCUCUGCUAUAAUAAUAACCAACACGGCCCCGUGUUCAGUACAAAACCCUCCUACCACAACAAAACAAGUAGGAACUAAUAUUCACAUAGGAACUAAACUAAAUUGAAAUGAGCUAAAACACCUGUAUUUUACAGUAAAUAAUAAGAAUAAUACACAGAUCCUGCUUACACAAUUUACCAAUUUCUGUGUGGCGCUUUAACUUGAAAAAAUCGACCAAUAAAGCUUUUGAAAACCAUUCAUCAGAACAAAAAAAUGAUUCAUUGAGGCAUUUCAUUUGUAAAAUACAUGUUAAAAUCUUUGUCAUUGGGAUUGCUUUUCUCAUUAGCACAGGACUUCUUUUUUGUUCUUUCUUUCAGAAAGAAAGCUGACCAAUACGCGGGGUCUGAAAGGCAAAUUGUUGUUGGAUUAUCUUAAAAUACCCGCUACUUUUUGAGCAGAAUUCUAGCUUUGUCUAGGCUAAUGUUUCUAUUGUUGAAAGCACAAAGGUGUGUAAUAAACAAUUAGCACAUUUAUAUUUUGCAUUUUGUUUUCUUACUAUACCGAAAAUGAACCGAACGGUGACCUCAAAACCGAGGUAUGUACCGAACCGAGAUUUUUGUGUACCGUUACACCCCUACUAUACGUACCGUACAUACAUGAUCUAUGACACCAUUUUCUCGAUUGUUUAUUUUGAUGAAGUUGGGACUAAGUUAGUUGGACUUAGUUCUAUAUUUGCUGCUUCACCGACAAAAGAAUGCACCCCCAACUACUCCGAGGAGACACCACUUGCUGAAACGCAUUUUUCACAUGUUAUGUCGUGAACUUAAUUGAACCAUGUGCAACACCUGAUUCCAACGCCUUCCCAGACAAAAAGCUCUGAUUUCCCCAAAAGAUCACAAAUUCUGUAUGUUGUCAAUGGUGCACUUAACAUUGAGCCUCUUAAAUUUGAGGUAUUCUGCUUAAAAUGUUAUUCAAAGUGACAUAGAUAAACAAUCAUGGAACUUAAAAGGUUUUGGACAAAAUGUAUACACCUCAAUAAAAUUUAACAGAAAAUGUAAUGUAUUGCUGUAGUCAAGUGGUGUUACCAGGAUACCAGGUGUGGGUGGGCAUUAGUCUUACCCACAAAUCUACAAAGCUCAAGUAGGUAGAAGUCCAGAGUAGGGCUACUUGCCUCAAAACAGCGUAGGGCUAACUGCCUUAAAACAUCUCCUUGAGAUAACUGUUGUUGUGAAUUGGUCUAAAGAAAUUAAAUUUGAUUUGAUUUUAUUUGACUUAGAACACAUCCAUAAUUGAACAGUAUGGACAUGCAGGUGACAAUGUUUUUUUAGGUAAUCUUUUGUUGUUCCUCGGUUUUAUCAUUAUUAUUAUUAUAGUUAUUCUUUGUAUCACAGCCCCUUUUAGCUCAAUUUGACCCCUUAGAAUGCUUC